CAUAUAGGAAAAUUUUCAUUUUUGGGUGAACUAUCUCUCUAAAGUAUUCAUGGUAAAGUAAUCAUUGAGGAAGUAUGACUUAAGUAUGACAAAUGUUUUUGCUGCUUUUGGCAACCUGUUUGUCUAAUGCUGGAGUUCAUAUCUGGAGUUAAUGCAUUUGUUUUUAAUGUGUUAAAUAGCAUGGAAUAUUUAGUGUGCUUGUGCUUAUAUAAAAUGAUUUGAUAAAAUGAGAUUUGUAAAAAUAUAAAAAUAAUAACAAUAAAAAAAUUCUUGUGGUACAAGACACUGUGGCAUGGCAAUCAGAUGAAAGGGGGCCCUUGGUGUUGCUAUAGCCCCCAGGGCCCAAUGUGUUCUUAAUCCGGGCCUGACCACAGUAUCUAUAGCCACAGAAAACCUCAUGGCAAAAUUGCAAGGAAAGCGGGACAGAAAGAGAAAGCAUUGUGAUAAUCGUUCAGAAAAACUCAGUGGAAACACGAAUGCCCAAAAAAAUGAGCGAAGUUACCAAAUGGGACUGUUUGAAGAGGUCCGUGGCUCCUUUGUCCAAAUCAAAGAGAAACGAGGUGGUGGAACCAGACACUUAAAGGCUUUAAAGAGUGCUACCAUGGCAGAACUUUUGGAGUGUAGCAAGGAGCUGUUCUUUCCAAACGGAAAAAAUAAAUUAGGGGAUAUAAAUGAAUUUGAGCUGAAAUUAAGAGACUUCACAGAAGAAGUAGAUCCACAAACAACAUUAAGUGAACAAUAUGAAAUGAGGAAGGUAAAGAUACUGAGGCUGUAUCUGUCUUGCAAGAGGACAGACACAACUGCAAGCACAAGCAUUCAAAGAGUAGAUGAGUAUAUACCUGAAGGUCCUUCUACCUCUGCCAUUUCGUGUGAAUGCCAUGAAGAACCUGUUGCCAUAACUGAGGACAAUGGUUCCAUGAUUGAUUCGUCAUUUUUGUCAGAAGACGGUGUAAUAAUUUUAGAACCAGGUAUAGUGAAUGUAAUGCACAGCUCAAUUUCAAUUGAUGAAGAAAUUCAGUUCGGAUAUACUGUUUUGCAAGACAGUACAAUACUGGAUGACACUCUACCAAUGGACCCUGCUGAAAUAGUGCAAGAUAAGCCACAGGCUACCAAGUUAAGGCUUCGCAGGGGAAACAUUUUCCAAGAUCUAAAUGCAGCUUUCACAGAUGGCUUAAUAUCUGUCAAUGACUGUCUUGUAGAAAUUGAGAUGGUCCUACCUAAUGGUAGCUCUGAGAAAGGAGAAGACAAUGGUGGAAUUCUCAGAGAUGCACUAAGUGAGUACUGGGGUACUUUUUUCAUGAAAUGUACAGCAGGAAGCACAUUAAAGGUACCCAUGACAAGACACGAUAUGAAAGAUGAAUGGGAAAAUGUAGCUAAAGUGAUGGUUCUUGGUUACAAUAUUGUUCAAUACUUUCCCAUUGUGUUGGCCAAGCCUUUUCUGUGUUACUGCCUUGGACUUGAAAUUGAUGAGGAUGAGCUCUUCGCAGCAUUUUUGGUGAUAGUUCCUCAAGAGGAAAAGCACCUUGUUGAAGAAGCAAUGAGAGACUUUACAUCUGUCUCUGAAAGAGAAGAAUGGAUUGAAUUCUUGGAAGCUCAUGAAGUGAAGCUUGUUAUCACUGAAAAAAAUGCCAAGCAGAUAUUACUUGAUGUGGCACACAAAGAAAUUGUGCAAGAUCCAGCUUACAUAGCAGAGUGUUGGAGUCCAGUUUUAAAAAAACUGAAACUGCCAUCAGGAGGACUGAAUGAACUGAUGAUCAGCCUUACUCCAACAGCUAGGAAAGUUGUAGCCAUAUUAAAACAUGAAACACUGAACAACAGAGAAAGCCAGAUCAUGGAUUAUCUGAAGAGAUUCAUCAAGAACCUCAGUGAUGUUCGGCUCAGGAAGUUUCUUCGUUUUUGCACAGGAGCUGAUCUCCUUGUUGGAAAGUUUAUUCAUGUCCAGUUCGUUCAGCCAAAGAGUUUCUUCACAAGAAGUCCCCAGUCCCACACCUGUGGAUGUGUGUUGGAAGUUCCAAAUAAUUACACUUCGUACCUUGAGCUUGCAGAAGAGUUUGCAAAUGUCCUUGAUGCAAACAUAUGGGUGAUGGAUAUUGCAUAAAGGUGGUCAGACGGUAUGUGCAGCAGCAGCAGCAGCAGCAUCAUGUUAUUACACCUCAAUUUCAUGGUUUCUGUAUUUCUGUUUCCUGUUCUCAGUGUUUAUAUACAAAAAUUGUUCACAAUUUUUACAAAUCACAGUUACAAAUCUUACAAAAGCAACAAUGUUAGAAGUUUAUUAAUUAGGAGGUUUAUUAAUUAAUUCUGUUCUACUGAAUACAGUGUUUUAAAAAAUAAACAAACAGAAAAGAUACAAAAGACAAUCUGGCAUUUUUUAAAUUAAAUAUGUAUACAAGACAGAAGAGACACAAGAUGUAUACAGCAGAAACACUAAAUAGAUGAACAGAUGAAUACCAUAAAAAAACAGACAAA